CCAUUUCCGCUUCGCUAACCCCAUUCGAUGGAAGCGCUAUAAAACUACGCACAAUGCUGGCCAAACGUUCUCGACCAAUGGCGUUUCUGCGCAAGGCAGACUAGGAUCGACGCGCCACGAUAAGUCGUAACAAUUUCGGACAGUUCGUGCCCUGUUUUCACGCCAUUAUGGAUUCGUUAGCGAAUUACGGUAGUGACGGGGACAACAGUAACAAUUCGGAAGAUCCGAAGAUGCCGUAUGAAAUACACAGCGAUGCCAGUAAAAGAGCCAGUGACGCCAACUAUGAUCCUGUACAAAUGGACAUGAGUGAGGAAAGCAACAACAACAAUUCGUCCAGGGAAUCUAGUAGCGAACGUGCAAAUAGUCCGGUGACGCAAUCGAGAACAGACACAUCCCGCACAUUACCUUCCUCCUCAGACCAGAGGCGAUCUGAUCAUGAAAAUCAUACAGCAAAUUCGAAAGACGACCACAAACGAGGAGAUCGAUCCGACCGUAGUAAACACACGAGCGAUAAAGGCCGGCGAUCGUCGUACGAUGAUAGGAGGCAACGUGAGAGUAGCCACAGGGAGAGUAACAGUAGAGACAUAAAAAGGAGUAGAGACGACGAUAGAAAAUCUCGCGACGAUGAGAAGAAGAAGGAAAAGAGCUCUUUGGGGUCCAGCAGGGAUGAGAAAACCGACGACAGAGAAAAGAACCGCGACGACAGAAGGGAUCGUAAUCGCGACAGAAACGACAGAGACAGACGCAGAGACAGGGACAGGGAUCGAGAUCGGAGACAUUCUAGGGACGACAGGACGAAAGAUCGACACCGGGAUGAUCGAUCUAGUUACCAUAAAGAGAAGGAUCGCACGCGAUCGAGAUCAAGAUCAAGAGAUCGCGCGCCGCCUCCUUUCCGAACAAUGAGCUACCGGGAGGAGAAAAGCAGAAAUAAGUUGGCACAGCUAGAAAAAUUAGGAAUCGAAUUGAAAGCGCCGGAGGGGGAUGCCCCGGUACCGGGUGUUCAAAGCGAACAGAAUUAUUACAAUCCAUUGGCAACGGCGACGCAAGGAAAAUACGCCGAACAAAUACAGAAGAGGAAGCUUUUAUGGGCGAAUAAGACGAAGCAAGACGAAGGCAAAACGUCUACGACAGCCUCAACUGCUAAUACGUGGGUAGGGACGACAUUCACUCACGAUCAGGAUGGAAAAGUAACAGCGAAAUUUAAACGAUUAAUGGGUAUCAAAGACGACUUGCCAGCCGCCCCGGCGGCUGGUACGAAACCAGACAUAUUAAAAAAACAAGAGGAAAUGUUUAACAAUAUGGAACAACAAUAUGAAGUAGCACGUGCUACUACACACACGCAACGUGGUGUCGGUCUUGGCUACGCCACCGGUGGCUAUCAAUUUCCACGAUAAAGUACAAUGAAAUUUUCCAAAUGUUAAGUUACGGUUAACAAAUGCCAGUCACAGGCACGACAUAACUUUUGUUUGUUGCUUUUGCAGUCUUGUCAGGUCGAUUGCAAAACAGAGUUUCAUUUCAAAGUCGUUAUAAAUAGUGACUAUAUAGAAUAUAGCUUAUGAAACAAAGAUUCGAAAGAUCUUGUUAGCGUUAUGUAAUUAUAUUGUAAACUUUGAAAAUAAAUUUGUUAAAGACUCUGAGGAGGACUCGAUGCUCUCGACUUGACGAUUUUAUCCCCAAUUAGUUUCUGGCCAUGGGAAAGUGAAAGAGACGAUGAAUCUUUUUAUGCUACGAACGCGUUUUGCAGCAUUAUUUAUAUAAUAAUUCCAUUGUAUCUAUAUGCUGUAUGUACAAAUACAUAUG